AUGAUCCAAUCUAUUUGGGAUGAUAGUAUUAGACCAAGAUAUUUCUUUGGCACAGACAAUGCGGAUGAAAUAGAAGCUAUACUCUCAGAUACUGAAAGUCAUUCCUUACAUGAAUUUAUUGAUGGUGAUAAGCCACUCUAA